AUGUCAACAGGUGUUUUGCAAUUCGUCAAGGGAAUCGAUUUUUCCGGAAAUGACUUUUCGGGAGAUCGAUUCCCACAUGAUGUGGAACAAAUGACGCAAAUGACGUGGCUGAAAUUGAACGAUUCGAAGCUGGAGCAGGUCCCAGAUGAACUUUCCCGUUGUGCGAAUCUGGAACAUCUCCAAAUGGCUCAUAAUCAACUAACAUCUGUACAUGGAGAACUUUCCGAUCUGCCGAGACUUCGAUCCGUUAUUGUCAGGGAUAAUAAUUUAAAAACAGCAGGAAUUCCGACGGAUAUCUUCCGAAUGAAAGACCUAACCAUCAUCGAUUUAUCUCGUAAUCAACUGAGAGAAGUGCCCACAAAUCUGGAAUAUGCGAAGGGAUCGAUUGUUCUGAAUCUAAGUUACAACAAUAUUGAGACGAUACCAAACAGUGUGUGUGCCAAUCUGAUAGAUCUCCUCUUUUUGGAUCUUUCGAAUAACAAAUUGGACAUGUUGCCACCGCAAAUCAGGAGACUUAGCAUGUUACAGAGUCUUAAACUCUCGAAUAAUCCAUUGAAUCAUUUCCAAUUGAAACAGUUACCGAGCAUGACAUCACUAAGUGUCCUCCAUAUGAGUAAUACCAAUCGAACACUGGAUAACAUACCACCGACGUUGGAUGAUAUGCAUAAUUUGAGAGACGUGGAUUUCUCUGAAAACAACCUUCCCGUCGUCCCGGAAGCGCUGUUCAAACUGCGAAAUCUUCGAAAACUGAAUCUCAGCGGAAAUCGAAUCGAAAAGUUGAAUAUGACAGAAGGAGAAUGGGAGAAUCUGGAGACACUAAACAUUAGUCACAAUCAACUUACAGUAAUCCCAGAUUGUGUUGUCAAACUGACGAGACUCACCCGACUGUACGCAUCGAAUAACCAAUUGACAUUCGAAGGAAUUCCAUCUGGAAUCGGAAAACUCAUCCAAUUGACAGUACUCCAUCUAUCGUAUAAUCGACUCGAACUCGUGCCAGAGGGUAUCUCCAGAUGUGUCAAAUUACAGAAACUCAAAUUGGAUCAUAAUCGAUUGAUCACUCUUCCAGAGGGAAUUCAUCUCCUUCCAGAUUUGAAGACAUUGGAUUUACAUGACAACGAGAACUUGGUGAUGCCACCGAAACCAAACGAUGCAAGAAAGAAGUUGGCAUUCUACAAUAUUGAUUUCUCGUUGGAGCAUCAGCGAAAAAUUGCGGGUCAAAUGACGAGUCCAUCGUCGUCAAUCUCAUCGGUUCACUCGGGUGGAGCACGUCAAGACGCUUUGGCAAGACGAAAAGAAUUCAUUCGACGGAGGAAACAACAGGCGGAUCAACAGAGCGCCGACAAGGUUAUACAGGGAAUGUCAAAAAUCGCUGGCGUCGGUGCGGCGCUCUCCGAGAAGCAACAAGAAGAGGAAGAGCGUCAAAUCGAGGCGAAAUCAGCGGUGAACUGGAAGAAGAAUAUCGAAAAGCAUCGUCGACACAUUGACUACUCUGACAUAUUCGAUGAAGACGUCGGAAGUGAGGAAGGAAUGUGGGUGUGGGAGAUUGAGAACUUCUAUCCAUCGAUAAUGGACGAGGCGUUCCACGGUCAAUUCUACGAUGCCGACGCGUAUUUGGUGCUGAAAACGACACGAGAGAUCUCCGGACAAUUGAGACACGCUAUCUUCUAUUGGUUGGGAGAGCACGCCUCUCUUGAUAAGGGAAUGUGUUCGGCAGUGCAUGCAGUGGGUCUCCGGAAUCAUCUGAAUGCUACGUGUCGGACACAGAGAGAGGAGAUGAACGAUGAGACGGAGGAAUUCCUGACGUUGUUCGGUGAAGAGAUUGUGUAUAUUGAGGGUGGACGGACCACUUCUGGAUUCUAUACGACGGAGAAACCCGCUCACUUGACGAGACUAUACAGAGCGGGUGUCAAUGGAACGGCGGUGGAAAUGGAGCCGGUGCCGUUGAGUGCGGAGUCGUUGGAUCCUAGAUUCUGCUUCUUGUUGGAUGCGGGGGAGACGAUUUGGAUAUGGAGUGGUUAUAAGUCGAGGAUCACCGUAUCGAACAAAGCGCGUCUAUUCGCCGAACGUCUGAACAAGCGAGACCGAAAAGGAAAAUCAGAAAUCGAGACGUGUCGCCAAGCGCGUUGCCCUCCAGAAUUCUGGCAAGCACUCACUGGACAUCCGGACAAACCGACGGGAACGAUAGUGGAACACGUGCCGGAGGGAUUUGUGGCGGAGCGGAAGAAGUUGUAUAAAGUGAAUAUCGGAAUGGGAUUUCUCGAAUUGCCACAAGUGGAAUUGCCGAAAGGAAUUGCCAAACAGGAUAUGUUGAAUUCGAAAGGAGUAUUCAUUCUUGACUCGAAUUCUGAUAUAUUCCUAUGGACUGGAAAGAAGGCGAAUCGAUUGUUGAAAAUGGCUGGACAGAAAUUGGUUGUCGAGUUGCAUCAGAUGCUUGAUAGGCCUGAUUAUGCACAGGUGUACCGAGAGACAGAAGGUGAGGAGUCAAUGAUGUUCCGAUCGAAAUUCGCAGGAUGGGAUGAAAUAGUUCAAGUGGAUUACACUCGAGUCGCCGAAUCAGUUCAACGAGUUCCAGAUCUGAAAGUGAUAAUGAAGAAGGAUAACAUGAUGAAAACAGAUCUCGGAGCACUAUUCCUCGAGAGACAACCGUCGAUGAGUUAUGAGGAGAGUGAGGAAUUGAUGUUGGAUUGUAAUUAUGAUUUGGAACUAAUGGAGAGUUUUGUGUUGGAAGGAAAGAAAUUUGUGAAGUUGCCACAGAAAGAGUUUGGAAUAUUCUACACAAUGGAUUGCUAUGUGUUCUUGUGUCGAUACGCAGUACUGCCAGAAGAGGAUGAAGACGAGGAGAUGGAGGAGGGGGCGGAGUCGGACGAGAAACCGGAAAUGGAUUUCAAGUGUGUCGUCUAUUUCUGGCAGGGAAGAGAUGCAUCGAAUAUGGGAUGGUUGAACUUUACAUUCCAGUUGCAACCCAAUUUUGAGGAGAUUUUUAAGGAUAAGUUGGAGGUCGUUCGAAUGUACCAACAACAAGAAAAUCACAAAUUCCUGUCGCAUUUCAAACGGAAAUUCCUCAUCAAACGAGGCCGUCGUGGACUGACGAAGAAUCUCGGCGGCAAGUGGCCAGAGUUGUUUCAGAUGCGUGCAAAUGGAUCAAGUGUCUGUAAUCGGACUAUUCAAGUCGAUUGCCAAUCAAAUCAACUGUGCAGUGCAUUCUGUCACAUGCUUCGAAUUCCAUUCAAAGAAAUCGACGAGAGCGGUCAUCGGGGCGUUGUCUACGUGUGGUUCGGAAAGGAUUCGGACCCCCGAGAGCACGAAUUCGCUCGCCAAGUCGCAUCGGAUCUCGUCGUUCGAGACGAUGACGAUGAUUUCCGAAUCGUCGAUGUGCGGGAAGGAGAGGAGAAUGAAGAGUUCUGGCGAGUACUUGGAGGAAAAAAGAAAUACGAGACAGACUCGUCAUUCGUCAAACACACCCGCCUGUUCAGGUGUACCAAUGAGAAGGGAUACUUUGCGGUGUCGGAGAAAACUGUCGAUUUUUGUCAGGAUGACCUCGACGACGACGACAUCAUGAUUCUCGACAACGGAGACGCCGUGUUCCUAUGGAUCGGAGCCCGUUCUUCGGAUAUCGAGGCAAAAUUGUCGUAUCAGGCGGCUCAAGUGUAUCACGCCUCGUUGAGAAUGAAGGCGAACGAGAAGCCGCGAAAGUUCAUGUUAGCAGUUAGAGGACACGAGAGUUGUCGAUUCAGAAAGUGCUUCCAUGCGUGGUCGAAGAUGAAGGUAUUGUGGAAUGGGGGACUAGGAAUACAAAUGUGGAGAAAGUUUGUCCCAAUUUUAGGCCGAAGUUAA